CACCAUAGCCGUCCAUCUAACCUAUCAUCCAAAUUAAACAUACUCUUGUGGCCAUCGUCUAGCUUAGCUAGCUUCUUCCUCCUAGCUCAGCUAACGAACGAGGAGUAGUAGCUAGGAAGAGAGAUCGAGAUGGGGAGAUCACCGUGUUGUGAGCAGGACGCCGACGUGAAGAAAGGGCCAUGGACGCCGGAGGAAGACAAGCUUCUGGUGGAGUACAUCGGCAAGAACGGCCAUGGCAGCUGGCGGCGCCUCCCGAAGCUCGCCGGACUCAACCGCUGCGGCAAGAGCUGCCGCCUCCGGUGGACCAACUACCUCCGCCCUGACAUCAAGCGCGGCGGCUUCUCCGACGACGAGGAGCGCCUCAUCAUCCACCUCCACGCCACCCUCGGCAACAAAUGGUCGUCCAUCGCGACGAAGCUCAAGGGGAGGACGGACAACGAGAUCAAGAACUACUGGAACACGCACCUCCGCAAGAAGCUUCUCAGCCAGGGGAUAGACCCCGUCACGCACCGCCCGCGCACCGACCUCCUCGCCGGCCUCCCCAACCUCCUGGCCGCCGCCAAUCUCGGCGGCGCCGCCCACCAGCUGCCCUUGGACUUGAACGCCAUCAAGCUCCAGGCCGACGCCGCCAAGUUCCAGAUUCUGCAGGGCCUCCUCCGCGUGCUCGCCUCCACCACCGCCCCGCCGCCCACCGCCGCUGUGCUACCUGGCACAGACCUCAUGACGUCCAUCCUCGGCGCCACCCUCGCCGCCAACUCCGCCGGCAUACUCGGACAGCAGCAGCAGCUCGCCGGCGUUGACCUCAGCCGCCUCGGCCAGUACAACGGCAACUACGACAACCUGCCGCCGUUGACCAACGACAGCUGCACGCAGCAGACGCAGCCGGCCAUGUCGAGCAUGUCCCCCGACAGCCUACUCAACAGAAUUUCCAGCGGUAUUUCCGGGGACAUGCUGGGCUCGCCGGAGCUUUGCCACGGCGGGGACGGGCUUAGCUCGCCGGAGCUCGGCCAGGGCGGCCCGAGCGCAAGCAACAUGACGACCUCACCGAUGGCGCCGCCGCCGCCAAUGGUAGCUGCAGAUGAUCAUCAGUGCAAUACUAACACCCCCAGCGGCGGCGGCGACGGCAUGUCGUGUGAGCAGACGCCGGCGUCGAGCACGUUCGACGGGCUGAACCUGGACGACAUCGACAUGGAAGGUUGUUGGGCGAUGACGGACAUAUUGCUAGCAGAGCAAUGCCCAUCAUGGUUGAUCAGCAGCAACAACGCAAGUGAGAUGUAUAUUUCAAAAAACAACACAAGUGAGAUGUGAAGAACUAGAUAAUUAAAGGGAUACUAAAUGGAGAUAAUAUGAACCCAAAAAAAAAAGAAGAAGAGAACUAUUGGAUCGGUUGAUGUCAAGUUUAUUUGUUUGUUCACAUCAGAAAAGGUGGUUUGGUCCACUUUUAGUUAUGUAGAAAGAACACAAAGAACAUGCAUGGAACACUCGAUCAGUAGUGUUUUUUUGUUUGUUUAGUUUUAUCGUUUCUUUUUUACCCCUUUACAAGGAGGAAAAAAUAUAUGUAAUGAUUAGAUAGCUGGGACAUGAAAUUAAGACAUUAAUUUUCCCAUUUUUA